AACAGCAACGACGACAACGACGACAACAACCACAACGUCAUCAGUCACCUCUCAAAUAAAAUUGAUUCAUCAAUCGAGGACGCAUCGUCUCCCAAACAAUAUGCGACAAGACUCUCCACUUGUCCGACUGUCAGAAUUGACGGCGCUUUACCUGCCGCCAUUAGAGAGUACUCGAGCGAGGGCAUAGCUAAAAACGGUACUUGCAGCAGCCUGAAUUUGAAGGGAUUGAAAACCUCAACAAGAAAAACCACGACGGCAUCGCAAGACCGGAAUUGAGCACGGUACAAGUGCGAUGAUUUUGAAGAAGUUGAAACAGGGACGGGCGCUGUUUGCAGAGCAGCAAGGGAAGCGACAGCGAACUAAGAGCUUGCGAUCGGUCGAUGUGAAGAAUGAGAAUCACGACAUCUCGAGCAUGCCUACGAGCGAUCUUGCAGCGAGCGCGGUGGCAUCCGAUGAUGACUUUGGCAUCGGAUCUGACAACGAAGAGGGAAGCGAGAGUGGAAAGAGAGGAGAUGGAUACCAAUCGUAUGAGUCCCGCGGCAACUACGAGAGUGAGGGAGAUGAGGCCGAUGGACAUGAGCAUGUGGAAGUUGGGGUGAAUUGCAGACAGAUGGAGCAGUCGGAGCUGGAGAAAAGCAAGGCUUUGCUCAUGAAUGGUUGUACCACGAGAGCAGAGGAAAGGAAAUAUGCUUGCCAAGUUCCGCCGAUAGCGUCAAACAGCUGGCAGAAACCCUGGAACAAGCUUGGCCGGUUCUUGGAGCAGGACAAAAGGGACAUAAUCGCUCAGAUUCAGAAGUCCACAGUUGGGACGAGCGUCCUCGAGAAGGGGAGAGCUGCCCAGUUGAGGCGAGGACUACAACCCAAGGAUACAGUGGUAAUGGUCGGAAGGAUCGCGAAGCAGGCACAGUCGACUAGGCCUCGGAAGAAGGACCUGAAAGCUCUGAUUCCUCAAAUCGAGUUGUCUGCUCGACAGCAAUUGCUGAACUUCCGGAGCAAGAUGGCCACUCGAGAAUAUGUCAGUCAUCCGGAGCAAGACAGUCGACCUCGAGGCUCCAACGGCACUACGAGGAAGGCGAGGAAGAGCCAGCGAUUUUUUCAUAACAGGGUCAAGGACAACCUGUCGAAAUGAUGAAGGCCAUCCAGUCGAGAGCGAAAUGACAAAGACAGAAUCAGGCACUCACAUUCGCAUGCUUCUCGGCCUAUGGCGUAUGAGUUAGGUAUCCUACGGUGCAAACCAUGGAAAGGAAAGAUACCACUCAUAGCCAGCCAAAUGUACAUGACUUGCUUGCUGUUCUCUACAAAGACAUACAAUCAUAAUAAUCAUAACUCUCUCCGCUGUCCGUGAUACGACAAUAGUCUAUUUCAUUGACUUUUUUUUCUUUAUUUUUUAACAAAAAAAGAAAUCAAAAAUCCAAC